AUUAUCAUUCUACACGUAGAACGUGGGUCGGUGGCACUCAUGUUCGACUCGCUCCUUAGAUGCAUCAUUCCAGAAAACAUAGUUAUAUGCUUGACAGUCUUGGGAAUGCACAAAGAUCACUAACGGGUUGUCUUUCGUAUUGUACGCCGGUCUGGACAACAUGGCAUGGGAACCUGCCAGUUCGUACACAUACAACACUUGACUAGAGCACAGUCGCGAUAGCGCUGGCUCGCCCAGAGCCGGAAUAGGAUGGACAUCCGAUCAAGUAUGACGCCAUAAUUGGGGGCCAAACUGAUGAAUGAUAAGAAGUUCUCAGGGUUCCGAUCCUCCCGAGGUCGUUUUGUUACUUUCAACUCAAGAUGCUGUUGAUUUUUCUGUCCCUGGUCUGCGAAGUAGUCUCCGCCGUGUCGUUUCCUCCACCAACAGGACCGUAUCACGUAGGAUAUAAACAGCAUGUAUUCAACAAAACCACACGAAAUGACCCCGUGGCUCCAGCGAAUGCUUCGUCAAUUCUGCUAGCGACAUUUUACUACCCAACCUUGACUAUCCCGAUACCUGGAAACAACACGAGUCCUUACCUUGAUCCCACUACCGCAGACCUCUGGGGCGAUGCCCUUCAGUACCCAGAUCAUUCGCUCCAAAGCUUCACAACCUGGAACGUAUACGAUGCUGUGCCUCUCGAUAUGACAGAUCUUGGUGUAGGGCAGAAGCCAACCGUCAUCUUCUCCCCAGGCGGCGGCGAGAACGCAAUCAUGUAUAACGCAUUGAAUUCCGAGCUUGCCUCCCAAGGCUAUACAGUGAUCGCGCUUGAUCAUCCAGGAGAGACUCCUUAUCUUCAGCUUCCCGAUGGUGCACCAGGCAUCUAUGGUAUCGAUAUCACAGAGACUUGGAGCUACGAACUUGGUGUAGCUGUGUACAACAUGCGCGUUUCCGAUACUAUUGCAACAAUCAGAGAACUUUUCCCCGCCUAUGUCAAAUCGACUAACGCCCCGUUCAAUACUACGCACUACUUCGCUAUUGGACAUUCGCUUGGUGGUGCGGCAGCAGCUGGUGCCCUGGCUAUCGAACCUUCACUCUUAGGCGGCAUCAAUUUCGACGGUCUCUUCAUAGACCUUUCUGACGUGAAAAAACCAUUCUUGAUGCUGGCUGGUGCGGAACAUACUCCAACCGUUGAUCCUUCGUGGGCUCCUUUCUCUGCCAACCAGUCGGGAUGGUACCAGUGGCUUAAUGUCACAGGCAGCAGUCACCAGAACUUUGCCGACCUGGGCGACUGGGUCGAUCUGCAAGGUCUGAGGAAUAAGACGAUCACACCCUCAUUGGACACGAUCUGGGCCCCGAGGAUGGAUUACAUCGUCAAGACGCUUGUAGAAAGAUUUUUCGGUUUUGUGUUGGGUGAGAAUGAGUGGUCAGAAGUACCCAGUCCAACAUUUCCGGAGGUUGAGUAUAUGAACGGAAGUACCACCAGCAGGUAGAUGGUUUGCUGCACUUACCAUCUAGCUUAUGCCAAUGACAGCGGACAACAACAAGUUUAGUCUAACUUGACGGUUGCGUACUUUCAUUCGUUGUGUGUUCUGAUAUUGGUCUUUGUUGUACAUACCAACUGAUCGGACACUAGAAUGAUAAACCGAAUUCGAGAUUGUUACCAAGUCUAGCCUAUAGUGGCGUCUACCUUCCACUGGAAUCACUCAGUCGUGAUUCCCUUGUGUCUUUAUCCGAAGAAAAGGCACUGCAAACAAGCUAAGAAAUGUUGUAACAGCAGCUGCCCAGAAUACUGCUGCGAAUGGCUCGUAAGGA